UAGGCGUCCUGCACAACACCCACGCCAAGCCGGUUUCGUGGCUCCGGCUUCAGGAGCUCCGGGAGCUCCCACACGCCGACCUGCCAACUCGCCGCCUCGCACACCCGCUCGAUUUUAUUGUUGAACAUCGUCAUUUGUCGACUGUGCAGAUUCUACUACACCACUUCGUGCUUCGUUCGUCUAACCUUCCACCAGCUGAUGUGUGAAUGUUACGCAGCAAAUGAAUCACCAGGGGAAAGCAACGAUGGGACAGUUUACUUUGAUCACCAUGGCGGUAAUGGCGAUCGGGGUAACUGCGUAUAUUCCACACGAAAAGGACCACUUCCUGACCGACGUUAUUCUGCGUGAGGUUGUUGACAGAAUGAGCAAGGACUUCGCCGACGAUACGGGCACAUACCUCGAUUUUCCCGAAACGAACAGAAUACCUCUGGGAGCUAUGAUGCGAGGACGUAACGUGAAGGACCUUGAGACUGAAGAACAACAGUUCCCUAUGGAUUACGAUCCCCUGGGAGAUGCAGGGAAUCCGAACCCUAGUAUCCGGGACCAAGAAUACCUGCAACACAGUUCGCUGUGGGGUCACCAGUAUGUGGCAGGAGGCGCCGGGGAAGGCAAGCAGCACCUCAAGCCCGACGGAACGGUCAAGAACACGAAGGAGGUAAAGACAGACGCAGCGCUGCCCGCGUACUGCAACCCGCCAAAUCCUUGUCCCGUGGGCUACGCGGUGGAGGACGGUUGCUUGGAGCAGUUCGAGAACACGGCAGGCUUCAGCCGCGAGUACCAGGGCGCCCAGGACUGCAUGUGCGAUUCGGAACACAUGUUCGACUGCCCGUCCUCGAUCGGCAGAGUGAUCCAGUCACCCGCCGACGGAAACGAGCUGUCGGACACCGAUCUCGAUCGCAUAAUGCAGCAGAUACAGGUUGAAGAUCAACACAGGAGCUCGGUAGCAAAGAAAUUUCACAUUGAAAAGGAUGGCAACCCAUUUCUGAGGGGAGAAAAACUUCCCGUUGCUGCAAAAAAAGGGAUUGAUGUUGUGUAUUGAUUACAGUUUUUUUGUAAUGUGUCCACUGCUGUAUAAAUUUAUUGAUAUGAAGUUAUAAAACAAUUAGUCAGCCAUCUAUAUGCACUUAUCGCUAAUUUAAAACCGACAAGAAAAUAAUGGAGGUUUAAGAUCACAUCAUCAUGAAGUUAAUAUAACAAUAAACAGUAACAGUAUUAAGAAUAAAUUAGUCUAACUUGUCAUUAAGAGAGUUUGUAACUUUCCGCUUGUUUCCAGUAACUUGAGUUUGGUCCUAAAUACAUUUAAUGCGAUCUGCUUUAA